GACUUUAGUAUUACGAGUACAGAAGAGUUUCAAGGAAAACACAGGCAGGUCAAAUUAAAUCAUAUCCGUUAUCUCAGGCAUUCCUCAAGCAGAACUGCUAUGACAUGCCCUGAGACUAAAGCCCAGUAAUUUAUUAAUGCUUUGGAGAUCUAGUGCUGCUUGUUGGACUUGCUGGACUUGCUGGACAGUUGGAAAGAGUCACGCAAGCACAGUAAUCCCUGAGAGAGAUACUUUAACAUGCUCUGAAGGCAUUAAGGACAGCAAGUGACGAGGUAAGACUGCGGAGAACAAUUCAGAACAAGAGAAGAGCUUCUAUCUGACCACAGCCAGCUGAUCUAGUCUCCUCAGAGAGGGAGCAGUCGGACAAGCAGCAUGUACUGGGACGUGGCCCUCUGGAGCGCUGGGCUCUGGGUGAUUCUGAGUUUAGCUGCCGGUCAGCUGACUGAGCAGGAGAAAUCAACUAUCGUGGACAUGCACAACAAGCUUCGCUCUCAGGUUCAGCCCAGCGCUGCCUUCAUGCAGAAAAUGGUGUGGGACGAGACACUGCGUCUGGUGGCGGAAUCUUACGCUGCAAAAUGCAUCUGGGAUCACAACCCUGAACUUGAGGAUCUUACCAUGGGUGAAAAUCUCUAUGUCGGCACUGGACGAUUUAAUGCAACCAAAGCAACGCUGAACUGGUUUGGAGAAAAUGUGGAUUAUGACUAUGAAAACAAUUACUGUCCUGAAGACAAAAUGUGUGGCCAUUACACUCAGAUGGUGUGGGCCGACAGCAAAAAAAUCGGCUGUGCUUCUCAUUUCUGUGACACUCUUGAGGGUCUACAUUUUGAGAAGGCCACUCUUCUCGUCUGUGAUUACUACCCUCAAGGAAAUUUUGAGGGACAAAAGCCAUACGAGUCUGGAGAGCCGUGCUCAAAGUGUCCAGAUGACCUACCAGUGUGUGAGAACAAGAUCUGCGUGGCUGAAAAUCUCUUCCAUCCAUCUGAGGAACCGGACAGCACUGAAGAUCUGACUGACUUACCUGAGCGCCCCCACACAACCAAACGUCCCCACGUGACCACACGUCCCCACGUGACCACACGUCCCCACGUGACCACACGUCCCCACACGACCACAGAGCCCAAUGAUACUCCCGGAGAGCCCAUACAUGUGCACGUUAAAACUGUAGAUACAGGCUUGGAAAACACGAUGAAGAAUCAUGGAUCCAAGAUGGAAAGCGUCUUAUCUCAUCUACUGAUUCUCAUCGGGCUGGCGCUUGUUUUGUGAGAGUCUGGAGUGGAUAAGAUCCAUCGUAUCCUGAGGAGACACGCACAAAACACAUAAGAAAUGAUUGUCUUCCUUGGUAUUUUUUUACUUGUUUUCCAGUAUAAAUAUCUAAAUAUUGUUGAAUCAAGAUACAUUUACUUGAGAAGCAAAAUGAGAUACGAUAUUGAGCCUUGUUUGAUGAAAAAUGAAUCAAUGUUUUGCUUAAAAUAAGAAAAAAAUACCUGCCAAUGAAACUCCUGACUCAUAAUCACCAAAGGCUUCAAAUAGGACGGCAGUAGCAUUAUUAUCCACUGUAAAACAUGGUAGAAAACACAAAACUAAGACAUAAAGAGUAAAUGAAUGUGAAUGUGAAGUAAAAACUUCAGAUGGUUUCUCUUUGAAUUGAACCUUUUGUUUUACUGUAGCUUUUUAUAUAGUUAAAUGAAAACUGUUUAUAAAUGUUUUUAAGAUAAUGUCAUACAAGCCAGUUUUUUUAUAGAUGCUUGUUUCUGCCAUGUAAUAAAAAAUAAGGUAUUGCGACUUUUUAUUUUAAAAUUUUGCCUUUUUUUCCCCUCAGAAUUGUGACUUGCAACUGUAAGAAAAUAAGUCCAAAUUGUGAAUUUAGUUUUAUUCCAUGGCAGAAACGAGCUUCUGUAAGCUUUAUAUCAUCUGUUCGUCUCAAUGUCUUCUCAAUUUUACCGUAAGAUAUGUGACUUUUGCUGGAAAUUAUUUUCAUGGUUUGAAUUUGUGGAGCGUCUGAUGCAGCUUUUGCAUGACAGUCAUGCUUUUUAUAGACUGACAGCAUUAGUUUUAAUGAACAAUUUGAGAAUUAUUACAAUGCACAAGUACAUGUUGUAUAUAUUAUUAGCAAAGUUAAUGAAUAUAGCAUGUAUUGUAUGAACUGUUUUUCUUUAUAUAUGUGGGCUAAAUGUCAUUUAUAAUGUGUUAUAUUGUAUUAAGCUGGUAAAAACUGGAAUGGGAAAACCUAAAUGAACUUGAAUGCUUCUUAAAACCAGAUCCACUCUUAUUUUGUUUAUUCCAUUAUUUUAUGAUUUAUCCUAUUAAAAAAAUACAUUUGUUGAUCAUUUACUUUAA